UUUUAUUUUUGGAAAACAUUUUCAGAACACUCUCUAGCUUGGAAAAAUCUUAGUUAGCUGUCACUGCGAUUUACGUGAAAAUAAAUCUUUGCAAAUUUUACCUAGCAAACCAAAUAGCGUAGACUAGAGAAGCAGCUUAGAGAACUAUGGGGAAUUCAAGCUCAACAAAGAGAAAGGACUGGGCGAGGACUGGACAGUACAGUUCAGAUAUUGAACCUAUAGAGCGAACCCGAUCUACCUCCCCCUUCCCUACUUUUCUACGAGCUAAAUCAGAAAGACUGCAAAAUAAACCGGAUGUGUGCGAUGUACCGGCGAAACCAGGCAAAGCUAUUGUCACCCUAACUAAUUUACAAAGUGGGAAACCCAGUGGCAACUGUGUUACAGAUUCUAUUUAUCUAGACUGGAGGCCGCCUGAUCAUGAUGGAGGACGGCGAAUCCUGGGUUAUAUUGUGGAAAUGUAUGAUCUACCUACAGGAAACUGGAUUACUGUCACAGAAACAGAAGGAAAUCAGUGUAGAUCUGUUCUCGACAAUAUUCUUUGUGGAAUUAUGUACAGGUUUCGAAUCCGAGCAUUCAAUGAAGUGGGGAGCUCGGUUCCUGGAAUACCUUCAGAUUCUUUUGUAAUAGAUACCCCUGGCGUUCAUAUAGCUCCUUAUUUCAUCCUUUGUCCCCCUAAUGAGGUUUCAAAGCUUGUUCAUGACACAGUACAAUUCCGGGCUAAAGCGUUGGGCACACCAACCCCCAAUAUUCUGUGGCAGAAGGAUGAUGAACCUAUUUUUGUUACACAGGGGAUUGAUAUAGAAUCUGAACCGGAUGGGAGUACACUGACAGUACACAAUCUACAGCUGGAGGAUGACGGGGUGAUUGAGUGCAUAGCAGUAAACCACGUGGGGAAAGCAAUAUCUUCAACCCGGCUCUGUGUAGUUUGUCCUCCUAAGUUUAAAACCGGGAACAUACCUUCACAGUUUACUUUUAGAGUUGAGGAUAUGAUCAGGUUAAAACUCCCAAUUGAGGCUCAGCCUGAUCCGUUGUUAACAUUACUGAAGGAUGAAAUUGUUCAAGAUAACUUCCAUUGUCGAGCAAUACUUAGGGAUAACAAUGUGAUUGUCAAGAUUAACAGUGCAAAGGAAACAGAUUCUGGAGAGUAUCGAAUAGAAGCGGACAACGGGAUGGCAAUUGCUUCCUUCUCCUUCAGUAUAAAUGUUGAGGUGCCCCCUUCAUCUCCUUCUAUGCCUGAUAUUCUUGAUGUGGCUCCAACAGGAGAGCUAACUUUAGCUUGGCAACCCCCUGAUUGUGCAGUAGAUCACUAUAUUGUAGAAUACUAUAGAGAUCAGUGGCAGCUUUGGCUUAGAAUGAAGACAUGUCUUGAUACAGUAACAGUGAUAACAGAUUUGAUUCCAGGAAGUAAAUAUAAGUUCCGAAUAAUGGCUGCUAGUAUUUCUGGAAUAAGUGAAGCAUCACCGGAAAGUGAAGAAAUUAUGAUUGGAAAAGUAGCUGAGGAUGAACUGUUUGACCUACCAGCUAGAGGUCGGCCUACCAGACAAAUCAAGAAAAUGAGAAAAAUUCCAUCUUUUGACCGAGCUUCUCUUGACAGAAGUAUUGCUUCAAGAGAAGUUAUCCAUCCAGAAAGGAGACAUACUUCACUUGACAGAGAGGUUUAUUACGAUGCUAACAAUGUACGCCGCGAUGUUGUAACCUACAACAAGCCACCAGAACUAGACAGGCUCGGGUUCCUAGCUAACAAAUAUGAGUUGUCUAACGAAGAAAUAGCAAAAUACAGAAUGAGUAUGUCUCAACUUUGUCACAAGAUGAAAGCAAUCUCGAAUUCAAGUAUAGGUGUCCGAAGUGGUUCUAAGAUAAGUUUGGAUACUGCCACUAAACCUCUACAGAUGGAAAUAUCAAACCAAGCAAGGAAAUCGAAUUCUAUGGGUCAGCUUUGCUCUGUUCCUGGAAUACCGCAGCAUCAAUCCAAAUCCGUUUCUUCCAACUAUCUUGACAGAAAAACAAAUAUUUUAGACAAAGGUUUGCACCCAUCAGAAAGAACUGGAUUAAGCAACAACAUCGGAGACUGUAAGAAGAGUUUAUCAGAUAUCCAGGAUAGAAUUGGAUCUCUUCAGGCCCUGCUCAAAACAAGUAGAUCUCUAACCUCUAGUAAGCAAAGUUUGUUUGCAGAUCUUCCAACAUUUGCCAUUCCUAAGCUCGAAUCAAGAAAAAUUGAAAAAGUAGUUGCAGACAAGACUUUCAAAACUCACAGAAAUAACUCCUAUGCAAAUGCAAUCGAAGGGGAUCCGGUUGUAGAACUAUCAUAUCAGGAAACCCAUUUUCCUUUUAACCCUGAACUGGCUUCCCUGGGUUCUCUAGAGUGUGAUAAAUUUCCACAGAAGAACGAUGUCUCAAAUCGGAACUCACUUUUUCUAACGGAAUGCGAGGAAGAAGUGACAGUUACAGAGACAGCUGAAGCACCCUUAGAACAUAACACUGAUGAUAACAGAACACUUUCUGAGGUUCUUAACAAUAACAAUAAUAAAAACAAUAACUUUGAUCAAAGUUUUGAUAUAUCGGAAGUUUCAUAUUCAUCCCGCACACUGCUUUAUGAAGAUUCAAGCUCCAAUACGAACAUUAUAGAUUACUCUUCCAGUUCUCAAACCCUGCUAGUAGAUCCUAGUUCCUCUUCUCAAACUGUACUUUGUGAGCGAUCUCUUUCUUCUUGUUCACAAGGGACCUUGGUGUCUGAUGGAGCCAGUAUGAAUUCAGACACAGAAUAAUUUUCUUAAGUUCUUUAUGUACAACCAGCUGAAGUGCCC